AUGAUGCGGACUCCAGGGCUCCUCGGCCUCAGGGGCUUCGUGGCCUUCGCUGCCAAACUCUGGAGCUUCGUCCUCUACCUUCUCCGCCGGCAGUUCCGCACCAUUAUUCAGUACCAGACUGUGAGAUACGAUGUCCUGCCUCUCUCUCCUGCCUCCCGCAACCGCCUCAGUCAGGUGAAACGGAAAGUUCUAGUUCUAGAUUUAGAUGAGACCCUGAUCCAUUCUCAUCAUGAUGGGGUGCUGCGCCCCACAGUCCGACCUGGGACCCCUCCUGACUUUAUUCUUAAGGUUGUUAUAGACAAACACCCAGUGAGAUUCUUUGUACAUAAACGGCCGCACGUAGAUUUCUUCCUGGAGGUGGUGAGUCAGUGGUAUGAGCUGGUGGUAUUCACAGCCAGUAUGGAGAUCUAUGGCUCUGCUGUGGCAGACAAGUUAGAUAACAACAAGGGAGUCCUCAGGAGAAGAUUCUACAGACAGCACUGUACCCUGGAACUGGGCAGUUACAUUAAGGACCUGUCUGUGGUGCACAGCGACCUCUCUAGUGUCGUCAUUCUGGACAACUCUCCGGGGGCCUACAGGAGUCACCCAGAUAACGCAAUUCCCAUAAAGUCGUGGUUCAGUGACCCCAGCGACACGGCCCUUUUGAAUCUGCUGCCGAUGUUGGACGCUCUAAGGUUCACAGCGGAUGUCCGGUCAGUUCUUAGCCGAAAUCUUCACCAGCACCGACUGUGGUGA